CAAUGUUCCUCAUGAUUGUUGUUUAUAGUAACAACAAUGUAUUGUCACUGUGUUGAUUGAUUUUUAAGAAUUUUGUUUUUUCUCUAGUUGCUUGUUUUUAAUUUUCAAAUUUCUUAAAUGAUACAUGACUAAAUUAACUAGUUCCUUAAACUCGUUACUGCAUGAAUCAAACGUCUUUCCAAAUUAACAUUGACUUCAUCUGGUUUGUUUUGCUUUCUGCUACAACAAAGCUGUUUUUAGCACCAUUAUCAGUCAUACAGACUUGUUUCUUUGAUUACUGAAGAUUUCAACAGUGACAAAUAGUGACUACAACAUCAACUAAUCGCCAAUAUCUAUUACGUUUAUUUACUAUUAAUUAAGUGUGAGCUUUUUUCUAACUUGUUCCAUUGUAAUUUUAAAUAUUGUUUCCAUAAUUCCUUUUUCUGCAUCUCUGUGUGGUUGCUCUUUUUUUACUAACAAGUGAAAGGUUAAACACUAACCCAAAGCUUAAACAUGUUUCGGUCUAAUUCAACCUUUGAUAAACUCAUUGAGAAAGCAACCAGUAAUUUGCUACUUGAACCAGAUUGGAACUCUAUUUUGACCAUUUGUGAUUAUAUACGCCAAGGAGAUGUCCAGCCUAAAUAUGCCCUCAACGCUAUUAAAAAGAAGAUGUAUGCAACCAAUCCUCAUGUAAACCUUUAUGCUCUCCAGAUAUUGGAAUCAUGUAUGAAAAAUUGUGGAUCAUCAUUUCAUUUCGAAGUUGGUACCAAGAGUUUUAUGGAAGAAUUGAGAGAAUUAGUGAAAGUAACUUCUGAUGAAAAGGUCCGUGAAAAAUUAUUAGAAUUAAUCCAAGCCUGGGCUCACGCAUUCCGUAAGGAGCCAAGCUUCCGAAUUAUUCAAGACACUUUUAAUACUAUGAAAGCUGAAGGACACCAGUUUCCACCUCUUAAAGAAACCGAAGCCAUGUUUGCUGCUGAUUCAGCCCCUCAAUGGGCUGAUGGUGAUUGUUGCCAUAGAUGUAGAGUGCAAUUCAAUCUUGUUCAAAGGAAACAUCACUGUCGCCAUUGUGGUCAAAUCUUUUGUGCAAAGUGCUCAUCUAAACAAUCAAUUAUACCUAAAUAUGGUUUAGAGAAAGAAGUGCGUGUUUGUGAAGACUGUUUCGAGAAAUUAAGCAAACCAACUGAUCCAAAGACUAAGAUUAGUACACCAUUUAGCCGAUACAGUGAAUCAAAAGAACCUGAACCAGCCAACGCAAAGCCAACCAUGUCAAAGACAGAACAAGAGCUUCAAGAAGAGGAGGAUUUGCAAAUGGCUAUUGCUUUAUCUAAAAGUGAAGCAGAAUCAAAAGAGAAAACUCGUUUACCUGUAACCGAUUACUCUUCUUACAGUCAAAUAAUUUCUAAUCCAAUAAUCAAAACAGAAAAAACAAACAAAAUGGGUGCAGAUGUAGAGAAAUAUCUCGACAGAAGCUUCUGGGAAACAAAAUUACUGAACUCUAAGCGUAGUACAAGUCCGGCCCCCAGUGCUCCAUCUCCACAUUAUAACAUUGUUACUACCAAAUCAGGUUCUGAGAUAGAAGAAGAAUCUAAACUAAAUGCUAUGGCAAAUAAACAAGAGAAUGGAAUCGACAGCAAUAUCGAUACUUUUCUGUCUCAACUCAAGACAGGCAUCGAAAUGUUUGUUAAUCGUAUGAACUCGAAUCACGUUAGAGGCAGACCAAUUGCUAAUGAUACCUCCGUUCAAGCACUCUUCCUAAACAUAACUAAUAUGCAUUCCCAACUUUUACGCUACAUCCAAGACCAAGACGAUGGUCGAUUGUAUUAUGAAGGUUUACAAGAUAAGUUAGGCCAAAUAAGAGAUGCUCGAGCAGCUCUGGAUGCCUUGAGAGAAGAACAUCAAGAGAAACUUCGAUUAGAAGCUGAAGAGGCUGAGAGACAACGACAAGCUCAAAUGGCUCAAAAAUUAGAGAUUAUGAGAAAAAAGAAAAAUGAAUAUUUACAAUAUCAAAGACAAAUGGCCUUGCAACGUAUCCAAGAACAGGAAAGGGAAAUGCUCAUAAGACAGGAGCAACAAAAGUACCAAUGGCCUCAAGGUCCAGGAGUACCUAGUACUCCACAAUAUCCCACGCAAACAGGCCCAAUUGCGUAUGCAGCACCAACUAUUGGAUCACAGCCUCCGCAACCACCUCAAGGAUCAGUGAUUUAUCAACCUCCAUUAAAUCACGGACCACCAUCUAUGGGUCCAUCACCGUUAACUCAACAGCCUGUUACAGCGUCUCCUUCUCGGUCAACUUACAUUAACCCACAGGGUCAAAUGCCAACGCCGAUGUACCAGAUUCCACAACCGCCAUAUGGAACCUCGUAUGCUCCUAUGGUUGGACCUGGAGUUCAAUCCGUAAUGCCUAUGGUCACUUCACUACCUCCACUUGGACCAGAUCAUAGUCAACUUCCUCCCCAACCACAGCAAAUGCAGCCACAGCCGCAGCCGCAGCAACCACAACCACAACAGCAACAGCAACAACUCACUCAAGAUACUUACAAUUCCAAUAAUCAACCAUCUAUUGAAGAACCAUUGAUUUCUUUUGAUUAAACAUGUCCUCCCUGCAAACAUUAACAGAGUUAUUGAGCAAUUGUUAUUCUAUUUGGAGGAACUAUCAUUUUUAAUCACUGAUUUAUAAUCAACAUAUUAAUUUUUUCAAAAUAAAUAAAAAUUAAUUCAGAGUGUGUGUUUAUACACAAAUGUAUCAUGUUAGUCCUGAAAUCAUUAGCUUUAUAUUUUUCAGUUGUCAAUAACUUAUUGAUAAGUAAAUAUUUGAUUAUUCA